AUGUAUUGUACUACACAUUUGAAGGAAAGAAAGAAAGCAGUAACCGAAUUCGAUAUAAAGGUUCGAGAACAUGAUUUAAAAAGCAGCAACCUCAGUCACUUUUCUGCUAUUAUCCAUGCUGCUACCAACUUACCGAAAGUCAGAAAGAUUCUGCGUCCAUUCAGAUGUAAAGAUAGGAGAGAUAGUCUUGUGGUUGAUAUUGUUGCCCAGGAUGGUCGUAUCUGGGUCAAAGUGAUAGCCAGAAAAGCACAAGCUCUUCAUCUUAUUUGGGCAGGUAGAGGUCAGUAUGGAGACCGGGAUAUUGUCCGCCAAGCUGAAGAUUAUUUGAAAUGUGCAGCUGAACAUACGAUCAAUUUUAUCAUACCAGAAAUACACUAUGCAUUUUACAACGAGGUAACUGAUGUCAUGGCAACUGCUCUUGAAGAUAUUGGUGUUAAAGUUUGGGGGAAAAGAAUACCAGUUUCUACAGACGUUCAGCAUCUGGUAGAGAAUUCCGGAAGUUACUCUGACGAUGAAUAUGACGUUUACAAUCGAAUUAAGAGUGUUUCGGACGAGGAAGAGAAUGACAAUGAAGAGGAUGGUGAUUUUCACAUUCCAAAUGCAAGUGAAUUCAAAUCUUGUUAUAAUAGAUUAAAACAAUUAGAGAAAAUCGAGAUUACUCAAAAGCAAUCUGAACCUGGAGAUCUGUCAAAUGACAAGAGAAGAUAUUCUGGUCUGAUUGAAAGUCAAACGACGUGCAUAGAGAAAGGAAAUGCUAACAGUCUUAAAAGUAUGUCGUUAACAAUCCAAUCGAAUCAUGGUAAAAAUAUCUUAAAUGUGUCAAAUAUCAAUGACAGAUAUCAGGAAUAUUCUCAGUCCACAAACUGUCCCAAUAAACAAGAUAUACUGCUAAAGAUUUUGGGAAGUGUACCAACAUAUAGUUUCGCAGAUACGGUUGUGCCGGAAGUGAUACAAGAAACGACCGGUGAUGUCCUGGAAGCCAAUGGAGUCAAUCUUGACAUAACGACGAUGAUCACGCUAGUAUCCAGUAUAUCACACGGUGGUUGUAAUUUUAUCUUUCGGGAAAAUAUACUUUCACUUCAGGCCAAAGAAGAAAGAGAAUGCCCUGUGCUCCCAGCAUUGCAACAAUAUUUAAAAGGUAAGGAAAUGUAUGUAUGUAAAACGGCACUAGAUGACUUCCAGACUAUUCUUAAUACUUUGGGUGGUGAAAACGAGAAACGUAGAGCAGCUGAACUUUUAGAAAAAUGUAAAAUGGUCUCAGAUCAGCCUUCUGUGAGAUCGCAGAAUCUACCAAAGACUGGAAAAAUUAGGGACAGAUCGAAGAUUAUAUUUGGAACUGGAGACCAACUGAAGUGUGUUACAGUAUCUGCUAAUUCAGGAUUUGUUCGAGCAGCAGAGCAUCAGGGCAUUGUAUUUGCAGUCUAUCUUCACCAAUCUAGAGCACUAACAGAAAAGAAAGAAUUUACGGCUGAAAAAGUCCCAGAUAUAACUAAUCAAGAUUGAUAUGGUUGACCACGGCUAAUUCUAUGUUGACUUUUUGUGAGGAGAAAUUUGAACAAUUUUAUCGUAGGGCUGGUAAUUAUUAUCCCCCUUCGCAUUGAAUUCAACAAAGAAUUGGUUUCUUUCAUAAAAAACAGUUUGUGAAUAUCUCUCCUGUGAUACUGUUUGCAUUAAAACGUUCAUACUUGGU